AUGUUCCAAGAGAAGGACUGCCGGGGUGUUGUUCCUUGUACAACCAUCUGGGUCAUUUCCAGUGGCCGUGAAGAGCCAGAUGUGCCGAUCGACUCCCCUUUGUGCACGAUUGGAUUGAGUCUCCCUCUGGUCGUUCUCGGCCCAGCUGGAGAGUCUAUGGCCAAUAUGAAGAUGCUUCCGCUGAAUCGCCUCUGUCUCACGCGAUGCUCGCGAUGA